AGUUGAAAACGGAAAAGCAAAGGAUAAAGUUCAGUCGAAAGUGUAUUGAAAUUAAAGUUUUGAAGUUAAAGUAAAAGUUGAAAGGAAGAAGAAUUCAAUGUGAUGAAAUGGAAAGCUUUUAAAAAAAUUAUUGAAACUUAUGCUAUAAAAUUUAUUAUUGGUGAUAAAAAUUAAUGAAAUGAAUGCUAUAAUGGAUACAGAAAUCAUGGAUAAUGUUACAAAUAUAACUGAUGGAGAUUAUUUGCCGUACUCAGCACGGCCUGAAACUUAUUUCGUGCCGAUUCUCUUCUCAAUCAUCUUCUUGAGUGGCAUCGUCGGCAAUUGGACUAUCUGCGUGAUUUUCAUUAAACAUCCGUCGAUGAGAAAUGUUCCAAACACUUACAUUUUUUCUCUUGCAUUCGGUGAUCUUCUAGUCAUUCUCAUUUGUGUACCGCUUGCUGGACUUCCUUACGUCUUUGAACAUUGGCCAUGGGGUGAUGGGAACUUGGGCAAUGUUCUUUGUCGUGGCAGUGAAUUUGCGAAAGACAUUUCGAUUGGUGUGUCAAUAUUUACUCUUGUGGCAUUAGCAAGCGACCGUUACACUGGCAUUGUCAAUCCCCUUAAGAAGCUUCAGGCAAGAUCCAAAAUGAUUCUCGUCAUCAUCGUCGUGAUCUGGUCGUUGGCUGUAUUAUUCGCAUUACCAGCUGUUCUUGUAUCAAAAGUUAUUAAUACUAACGAUAUCAUGUAUUGCAGUCCCUUUGGCAAUUUUGGAAAAACUUACAGCAAGUACAUGACGAUCAUAAAAGCGACCAUUUACUACUUUCUUCCCCUAACCAUCAUCGGAAUUCUCUACACUUUAAUGGCAAAAAAGCUUCAAAACAGUGCUCGUGAAGUUCAAAGCAUCGCGGGUGCCGGAUAUCGAUUGAAGAACCCUCAAGCACAAAACCGAAGGCACGUUGCAAGAAUGGUGAUUGUCUUCAUUUUAGUUUUCAUCAUUUGUUUUCUCCCCCAUUGGAUUUUUCAAUUGUGGUUUUGGCUUUCCGAAGACGCUGAAUCGAAUUAUGAUUUGAUGUGGCAUUACGUCAGAAUUAUUGGAUUUUGCUUAUACUUUAUUAACUCAACUCUCAACCCUCUCGCACUUUACUUUGUGUCAAGUUUGUUUCGACAACAUUUCCAUAACUAUUUGUGUUGUCAAUCGAACACUGUUGAACAUGGUGUGACAUUCUCAAGGGGACAAUCAACGUAUAAGCGGUCAAAUGGAAAAACUCCGACGACUUACAUAGAAUCCUCAAAUUAUUCAAUGGGUUAAGAAGAUUUAUUGUGAUUGCAACUAAAUGUUUAAGUUUAUUUUGUCAAAUUUAAUGCAAAUGUUA